AUGGUGGAACUGAAAAAGAGGGAAGAUCAGAGGAAUGAGAGGACGGCACACGGCCGCAGAGACGUCCGCCGACUCCGCCCUCUGGCUCCGCCCAUUGACGCCUGGGUUCCCAACGGUAGGCCUGAUGUGAAAAGCUUUCAAAAACUGACAGCAACUCAAUUUUUAAAUCAAAUCCUCUUCCAUUGAAUAAAAAAAUCUUUCUCAAACUUUUUUGUGCCGAAAAUAUAGAAAAACCUACGCAAAUAAAAUUAAGAAACUUCUGAUUUGUAAUAUCUGGGUCACAUGAAUUAAAAAUUUUCUUAGGGUUUUCUCGUAGCUAUUAGAAACUAUUUUCAGAUCCAGUGUUCCAUGGAAGCAAACAAGCAAAGGCCCGACAAAAAAAAUUUCUAAUAUGUUUUUUUGGUUACUUACACACCUACUGUGAGAUUUAGGAAUUUCUUCAUGCAUGGUUAGUAGAAUGGGAGAGCCUACAAUUAAGACCUUUUUUUAAAAUGAUUGAGGGCUUUACAGUUUCUGCGAAGCGAAUAAAGUAAAAGUAUUCAAAAAAUGAUGCGACUUUGGGAUUACGCACUGAAAGAUAAAACUUAAUGAAACAAGUAAUCAUUUCGAACAGCUUAUUACACCGGAGCCAUAACGAAGAGAAGCCCAUCAAAGUAACGAUUGCGGAGAAUGUGGAACACGCUCAAACGAAACGUUUGACGAGCGUAGCGACAACCAAAAACAGGUGCUCGUCUGUUUCGGAUUACGCUACAGAAACGGGUGGCAACCCAUGUUGUUUGGUUAUCGUUUGUUGCGAUCUUCACGGCUUACUGACGUCACACCUGAACCGCCGGACAUCUUCUCCUUUCCUGCCAGGCUUCUGCUCUCUCCCAACAGAAUAGCCACUGACGUCGAGUUUGCUUGA